AUGUCGACAUACAAACUCUAUUAUUUUAAUACUCGCGGUCGUGCUGAAAUUGCUCGUCUAAUUUUUAUUGCUGCUGAUCAAAAAUUCGAAGAUAUUCGUUAUGAACAUAGUGAAUGGUCAUCACAUAAAAAUGAAAUGCCAUUAGAACAAAUGCCUGUUCUAGAAGUUGAUGGUGUUAAAUUACCACAAUCAGGAGCUAUUGCUCGUUUUCUUGCUAAACAAUUUCAUUUAGCUGGUAAAGAUAAUUUCGAACAAGCAAAAGUGGAUGCUGUUGUUGAUACAAUUGCUGAUGCAAUGACACAAUUUUUACCAAUUCGUUUUGAAAACGAUGAAACAAAACAAAUAGAAAUGGUGAAAAAUUUCUUUGCAAAUGAAUUACCAAAACAUUUACAAAAUUUAGAAGUUUUAGCUAAACAAUUUGGUAAUGGUGGUCUAUUCUUUAUUGGAAAUAAUUUAACAUGGGCAGAUUUAUUAUUUUAUGAAGUAACAGAAACUCUUCUUGGACUAAAUAAAAAUGCAUUAGAUAAUCACCAAUGGUUAAAACAAAAUCGUGCAGAAGUAGAAAAACAACCUCGAAUUGCAGAAUAUCUUAAAAAUCGACCAAAGUCACAAUUUUAA